UUUCUUGUUUUUUGUGCCUUUCUCCUUGACCAGAACUUCCAAAAUGGCUGUUGAAUAAGUUUCUCUUUGGCUUUCCAAAGGAUUGGAAGAAAUACCUUGAGCGCUUUUUGUCAGAGCUGAAAGGUUCAGAAGGUAAAAAGGGGAGCAAGGGCCUGAUAACACCCCAGAACCAAAACCACCUCUCCACCAAGACACAGGACAACACAUCCCAAAAGCCAAAUGCCACUAAGAGACCUACUCGUUGCAGUGCCACCAGUACGGUGAGCAGUGCUAAUGUUUCCCGGAGUGGCCGCCUUAUCAAAACCCCUCUGGAGUACUGGAAAGGGGCCAGAGUCAUCUUGGAUUGCGACAUGAACGUCACCAUUCAUGCGGGUUAUGACAAUUCGUCUAUGCUUUACUCUCAAGUCAGCACACCUGUAGCCAGAGUACUGUUAGACGGAUCACCAAAACCGGCCAAGGUUUUCUUACCUCCAACGAAAGAGCGGCUGCGAGGUGACACUAGUGAAGAGGAGACCAUGCCUCUGAGAAAGGUGAAGGCUUAUCACAGGCCUUCGAGGUCGAAGCCAGAGGAGAACUCCCCUCACAGGGCCCUUGAGUCUCGGGGGUGUAAGGCUGAAGACAACGCCCUUUCCAGGGUCCCCAAAAGGCCCAAGAAAGCCAGCCCAGAGCCUCACAAGUCCAUGUCUUUGGAAAAACCCUCUCACAGGAACCGAGGAAGACCCAAGAAAGCCAGUCCAAACUCUCAGUGGUCUAAGCCUGAGAACCCCUCCACCAAGGGUCCAGGCAGGCCCAAGAGGGUCAGCCCAGCAUCUCAGAGGUCCAAGUCUGAAGUGAUCCUCUCUCCCAAGCUCCAGGGAUGGCCCAGGAAGACCGGCCAAAGAUCUUGGAGUGCCACAGCGCCGGCCACGUACGCAGACCGUGCCCCACAAUCCCCGACCCCUCCACAUCGCUAUCUCCGGGGCGCUAACAAACAGRGCAAUGACGACUCGGACAACGCCAAUACAUCCUCAGAGCUGUUACCAGGGAAACAAGUCAAGCGUUCAGAAAAAGUAGACCCUCCGAGAGUGCUUGAUUUGCCAAAGACGAGGGUCCAUCGUCAGAUGCUCCCAGCGAAAAUCCGGGAUGACAUUGUGAUGGCGAGGAAAGAUACGGGAAAACCUGCACCCACCAAGACCAACCCACAGAGGCUGACGCGGAAUAGGAACGUUCAGUACAAUGGUCAUAGUACUGCCGGAGAGUCCCAGUCUGAUGACGACUUCACACAGAAGAAAAAGCCCAAGGCAGUCAAAACGGGACCCAUAAAGCCACGGCGUACGAUGACACGUGGAAGGGUUCCGGAAGCUUCUCAGACAGCAUCGGGUGGUUCGUCGACUUCCCAGGACGACUGUGAGAGGAAAUUGAGUAAAAGGGACGGCCCACGGACACUGAGAGGAAAGGGCAGCAAGUUCCUCAGCGUUCAGCAGAGAGAAAAGGAAGAAAAUGGAGAUCAGUGGACAGAGGCAGAACUGUUGAGACUACAUGAGGCUGUGACGUCACUUCCUAAACACAGUUCUGACUUCUGGGUGAACGUUGCCAUGGAGGUGGGCAGCCGUUCAGCUGAGGACUGCCAGAAGCAGUACAAUGUCCAGGCCCCCACUUUCUUGGCACCUUCCAAGGCCACCAAGAAAAGAGAAGUUCUGCAGAAGAGGGAGCCAUUGGUGGAACCACCCCGGAUAACCGCAAGGAAGGGCACACUGAAGCGGAAGCAGCAGGUGCGAAACCUCCUGGACCACAUGCCCAAAGACGACCACGAUGACAUCUUCAACAGCUCGCCCAUGCAGAACAAGCGGGUGAAGUUGCCCACAGUGUCUCCCAAUGGGAAAGAAGAUGUGUUCAUGGACUCUGAGCACGACCCACAAACCCCCAGCUCAUCAAGAUUCCCAUCAAUGAAAACUCCUCAGUGUCUCCACAUCACACCCGGCAUGAUGGGCUCUGUGAACAGAGACAACGAUGACAAGUAUAUCUACCAACUUCAAAAAAGAAUGAAAAAAGGCCAAGCGAAGCUGUGUAAAUUGGGGGCCGCUUCAAAGUACACGCCAACGCCAUCAGCCAAACGUGUUUUGAAAAGAUGCAAUACCGCGGAGAAUGAUUCUUUUGUGGUCUGGGAAAUGUUCCCUGACAAGGAGGACCAUUCAGUGGAAAGUGGGGAAGAAGAGGAUUAUUAUUUUAUGGAUGAUGACUGAGCUGCAGAUUCACCAUGGGUCUCUUUACUAGACUCCAAGCAGGCCGAAAAGGGGAGGGACCUACCUGAGUUUAUCUAAUAAGAAACGCUAGUUUUCGUUGCAAAACGUUUAGCUAUCGUUUGUACUAAUGAAUACACCCUGUUUGGAUUAUUACGUUUUAAAACAGGAAAUGAAAUGCUGUAACAUUGUCAAAAGUUAUACAUAUACACUGUAUAGUUGUCAAUUACGUUCUGUGAUUCAAUCCCCACUGCUGUUUUAAAAUGGGUUUAAAAUGUUUUGUUUAUAUAUUGUGCCACUGAAUGCAGAGGAUUUUUACAAUAAAUGUUAAUUCUAGUUCUUUGCACGACUCCAAUAAAUGUGGACUUCUUUUUA